GUCAGAAGACGGACUACUGCCUUGCCAGCGGACGGAGGGACUCCACUGUGCGGAAACAGGAGGCCAUCCAAAUCAUUCCCCUGAUGGUGGAGAGUUGUAUUCGCUUCAUCAGUCGACACGGUCUCCAUCAUGAGGGGAUUUUCAGGGUGUCUGGCUCCCAGGUGGAGGUCAAUGACAUUAAAAACGCCUUUGAAAGAGGUGAGGAUCCGCUGGCUGGAGAUCAGAAUGAUCACGAUAUGGACUCCAUCGCUGGAGUGCUGAAGCUCUACUUCAGAGGCCUGGAAAACGCCCUGUUUCCUAAGGAAGUCUUCCAUGACCUCAUGUCCUGUGUCUCCAUUGAGAGCCUCCAGGAAAGAGCUGUGCACAUCCGAAAAGUCCUGCUGUCGCUGCCCAGCAACAUCCUGGUUAUCAUGAGAUACCUGUUUGCUUUUCUCAAUCAUCUGUCUCAGUACAGUGACGACAACAUGAUGGACCCCUACAACCUGGCUAUCUGCUUCGGCCCCACACUCAUGUCUGUUCCUGAGGGCCACGAUCAAGUCUCCUGCCAGGCACAUGUGAACGAGCUCAUCAAAACCAUUAUUAUCCACCACGAGAGCAUCUUUCCAGGGCCCCGUGAGCUGGAGGGCCCCGUCUACGACCGUGGAGGAGCCCCUGAGGAAUACUGUGAUAGUCCACACAUUGAGCCCCCUCUAGUGGACGAACCUGCUCCUGACACGGUCUCUGUAAUCCACAACAGUGAUGACGUAAAGUCAGGGCCAUUGACCGUUUCAGAGUCGGACCCCAUCGAGGCCAUCGCUCGCUUCGAUUACUCUGGACGCACCAACCGCGAGCUGAGCUUCAAAAAGGGGGCGUCUCUGCUGCUGUACAGCCGCGCAUCUGAUGACUGGUGGGAGGGACGACACAACGGCACUGAGGGUCUCGUGCCGCACCAGUACAUAGUAGUGCAGGACAUGCCGGAUGGAUAUGCAGGCAGAGGAAGUCCUAAAGCUGACCUCGAAGGAUCCCAUGAUUCAGUGGAAGAGAAGGUUUCCACGAGAGCCAGUGCCAGCUCACCCACUGGAGGUCAUGUGGCUGAUAUCUAUCUAGCCAACCUCAACAAGUUGAGGAAGCGUCCAGAAGCGACGAGCAUCCGGAGAACCAUCCGGCCUGUGGAGGAGGGCUCAUCAGGAGCAGCAGGGGGCUUAAAGACCUCCUCUAUGCCUGCUGGAGGACUGGCCAAGGACAGCUCAGACAAGCGUCCUGUCAGCGCUCACAGCGUCCUGAACUCCAUCACCAGACACUCGUCUCUCAAGACUAAAGUAGAGGGUCCUCAAGUUCGCAAAUCCACACCUACUGGACGAUCCAAGAGCUUCAGCAACCACAGACCCCUCGACCCAGAGGUGAUCGCGCAGGUGGAGCACAGCUCACAGGACAUCGAGGCCACUAUGAACACGGCUCUGAGUGAGCUGCGAGAGCUUGAGAGGCAGAGCAACGUCAAACAUGCUCCAGACGUGGUUCUCGACACACUGGAGCAGCUCAAAAGUGGCGGGACAUCUGAACCAUCCAGCCCUCUCCAUUCCCGCCUGCUCCGCGAAGCUGAAUCCUCUCAGCAUCCUCUGCAGCGCAGCGCCAGUUCAGCCAGCGACAUGCCCUCCACUUUCCGACCCAGCAAAACCACAGGCCCCAAGAGCCCUCUGUCCUCCAUGACCACCGCUUCUGGCUCCACAUUCAGAGAUAACAAACCUCCAGCCACCAGACCCAAGCCUGUGGUGUUCCCCAAAAGCAGUUCAGCCGGAGGAAGUCCGGCUAUGGGAUCUCCAACCACCACCAUCCCACCAACACCACCACCUCCACCACCACCCACCGACAAAUCCUGCCCCGUCUGAGGGUUUCCCAGCAAAAAAACAACAGGAUAGUUUAGAUUUGAGUGAGCGAGUAAGUGUUUAAUACACACAGGAUGAUUUUUCAGCAGUUGUUAGUUUGGACUGAGACUCGGACAUCAGCCGGAUCUUCUUUUCUAAUCCCAGUUUAGAGCUUUGGAGUUCUUUUCUGUCUGUACAGACUCGUUUUAAUGGGAAAAGACUUUUUUUGAGGUCAAAGAACUAUUCGAGGAGACAUUUUCACCUCAGACUUUAGUGCAAAUUGAAGCAGGUUGAAUGGAAACACAUUUUUUUUUCCUCCUGAUAUAAAUCCGCCACUCAAAUGCAAUGACAUUUCUGAGUCGAUCCAAUCCGUCAGAUUCUACAAAUCCAAUAAUCACUAGUUAUACUUCAUAAUUCACCUUAUAACCUACACUGGCACUCUUUUUAGCCAACCAAACCAUAAACGUGACAAAUAAACACGUUUGCAUGAAGAUCCACAAGAUUUUUUGCAUGAUGAACGCGACUUCCCAAACCAUUGGAUUUAUCAUCGAUAUUCCGUAAUUGCUCCAAAGCACUUCUGAAUUCAUUAACAGUCUGAGAUGUCAUUUUAUUCUACUAUUAUAAUAUCAUCGGGCACAUAAAAAAAGGGUGUUGUUUUGUAUAAGUCUAAUAAUCGUGAUUAUAACUGGAAACAAGUAUCUAAAAAUGAGGAAUGUCAAGAAAGCACAUUAUUUCUUCAUGGCCCGUGUGUAAAAAAAAAAGAAAAAAUAACAAGAAAAAUAAUUCUCCCUAGGUCAUUACUCGCCUCUGGGUCUGUAUCAUGGUAUCUAUGUAUUAGUAUGUGUGUUUACGUACAGUAUGUAUAUAAUGACUCUUCGUAGCAGCCUGACAGCAGUUUCUUUAUUUUAUUUGAUCAGAUUUACAAUGCAAAAAAAA